AGCGGGAAUAGAGCCAAUUACAUGAGAGAACCUCAGCCUCUAUAAAGAAGUCUCUCAAGUCUCCACGGCUGAUUUCUUCAACAAAACUUGUGUCGCACAUCCACGGAAAAUAAAUAUCUAAUCCUUGUUAACGCGAUGAUAUUUUUUACCGCAUUCCUUCUGGCAACUGUGUCGUGCCAGUUGAUUCAUGCUGAAGAUGCUGCUGCACAUCGUACAGUUCGUGCACCACAACAAAGUCGUGUUAACUAUCGAUCCCCAGAUGGAUACAAAAUAAAUGAUAAAUCGCAUCCUGAUACGCAAUGGAAAUCACAUGGACAAGGACGAAAUUCAAGACAAGAACCUCAAGCAGGACCAAGAGCUAAACCUACACUGCAAAAACAGACAGACGAAUCGUUUUAUCAGUACAAGCCAUUUUCCGCUGUACCAGAACAUAUUAAACAAAUAAUUAAUCAAGUUUAUACACCCCAAGUUCCCUAUGUUAAUCCUUAUGCAUUUUUUUAUAAUUUAAAUCCCACGCAAACGGCUGCACAGGAUAAUUUGGAAGCUAAAUCACAAGAAUAUUUACCGCCACAAGAAUCAUCUCAAAAAUUCGCAGAAUCGUCAUCAAUAAGACACCCAAGUUAUACGACCCCUUCUAAUGUGAAUACUAAUAAUCAUAAUAAUAAUCAACAAACUGGUACAGAUUAUCGUACAAAUUAUCCAACCCACACAAUUGCGUCAUUUAAAAAAACUCCAAAAGCCGGAAUUAAAUACAAAAAUGACGAAAGGUCUAAUCAACGUUUUGGAUCACGUACGUCGCUUUACUCGCGUCAAGAUCAAGGAAAGAGGUCAUUAGAAAAUGAUUUUGGAAAUUAUAAUCAGGAAUCAUCCAGUCAAGGAUAUCAAAAAAUGCCGCCGGAAAUUCAGCAGUUGCUACAAUUCCAAGCGCAGAUUCCGUAUAAUGUUCUAGCCAACCAGAUUUUAUUUGAAUUCAAAAAACCAUUUGUCCCGCAGCCGUUGCCAAAUGAUAUUAAAUACUCGGGACACUAUCCAAAUAAAGUUUAUUAUGUACAACCUGACGGUCAAAUUGUUGAUGAUCCUCCCGUAAGACAGAUUUCAGAAGAACAAAGUUAUAAAUAUUAAUUUUAUAAAUAUAUAUAUUUAAAUACUAUGAUUGAUAUGUCUCUGUAGAAAGUUUUAAAUCAAUAAAUAUAUAAUUAAAAAA